UCUUGAAUUGUCUAACGUAGUGUCAAACUGACAGUUCUAUGUUGUUGCCAUAUGAAAACGGAAAAAUAGGUGGUGUCACGUUUCGCUUGCCAAACUCUAACCGUAAUUUAUUGAUUACAUAAAAAAACGACGCUACCCUGAUUAUAACUUUUAAUAAAAAAUAUAUGGUUAUUUAUCGAUAACAACAAAGGAAAAAAAAAGAAAAUACAAAUAUUAUCAAAUAAAACAACAUAAAACAUCAAUUUGGUGAAAAAAAAAAUAAUAUAGAAAAUAUAAAAGAAAAGUUUAUUUCAAACCUAGCAAAAUAUGUUACCAUUUCAAAUCAUUCUUUAAUUUAUUUAGUUACUUUUUUAUCAUAAAAUUUCAAACUUACCCGUCAUCUGGGUUGGUUUGUAAAUAUUAACAUUAAAAGAAUUAUAACUUUGGAUGAAUAAUGUUAUUAUUAGAGAUGGUUUCAAGCUAUUUUCAGUAGUAAUAAAUUAAAUAGGUAGGUUAUAACAACUUAAAUAGGUAGAUUACUUAGUUUAUAUUUGACAGUUUGUUUACUACUUAUCUCAAGUAAGAACAAAUGAACUAUACUCGGGUAUAGAGAAUCAUGUUAUGGCAACAAAAAUACUUAGAUUGUCAAAGAAAUCUGAAAGCAGCUGUGCUAUACGUGUUUUUAUAUGAUAAUUUUAUCAAAAAUGGCAGUCUAAUCUGUAAUAAACAAACAAAUUAGAUGUGAAACAUAAAGUUAAGAUGUCGAGCCGCCGUUCGAUACUCGGUUCAGCCUUGGACGCGUUGCCUGCACCGUCUGACCCUUUACGAGAGUUAUUCGAAGCUUGCAAAACUGGGGAUGCAGCGAGAGUUAAGAAACUAAUAACUCCACAAACUGUGAAUGCCAGGGAUACAGCUGGUCGGAAGUCAACACCUCUACACUUCGCUGCAGGUUACGGGCGCAGGGAAGUGGUAGAGAUACUAAUAGCUGCUGGGGCGGCUCUCCAAGCGCGAGAUGAUGGUGGUCUCCAACCGCUGCACAAUGCAUGCAGCUUUGGUCAUGCGGAUGUCGUGAGGGCGUUACUUGGCGCGGGGGCGGCGCCCGCUGCUAGAGAUAACUGGGGAUAUACGCCCCUGCAUGAGGCAGCUGCUAAGGGAAAAGUGGAUGUCUGUAUUGCACUACUGCAGCAUGGCGCAGACCCUAACAUAAGAAAUACGGAGGGCAAAACACCCCUGGACCUUGCUGAUUCUGCCACCAGGCCUGUCCUGACUGGGGAGUAUUGCGCGGCGGACGUGUUAGAGGCGGCUCGAUCAGGCGCGGACGACCGGCUCGCCUCGCUGCUGACACCCCUGAAUGUGAACGUGCACGCGAGCGACGGCCGCCGGUCGACACCCCUGCACCUGGCCGCCGGGUACAACAGAGCCAGGGCGGUCAGGCUACUGCUGCAGAGGGGGGCCGAUGUACACGCCAAAGAUAAAGGGUUAGUAUUCAUAUUAGAUUCAUCAAACUAGCUUGGCGAUUUUAAUUAAGUAUUAAUAAAGGAAAUAACACAUUUAUAAUAAAAAUAAAAAAUAAAUGGUGACAGGUGACACUCAAAUCUGACGCCUAGAUAUUUGGGUAUUGGCUAAGGUGAAAAUUUCACCAAUGACAAGGAGUCACCUAACGACUUUGGGCAACGCUUAAAGUUAGGAAUUGCACUGUGCGGCGCCUAGCGCUGGGUAUUUGCGUAAUGUGACGUAUACAUUUACUCUUUGGCUAUAAUUGAAGUUGGAAUCAAGGACUUUAUAUAUUUGGAUUAAAUUUUCAGAUUUUUGUAUAUGGACAUUGAUGACUUGAGUGCUCAUUUCAAGGUCAUGUUUUAUUUUUCUUAGUUUAUUACCUCAAAAUAUAUUUCUACCUUUUUAUGUGUAAAGGCUAAUUACCUAACAUUGGCGAAACUGUGUAAACGCAAAUAGGCCAUACAUUAAAAAAAGAAGACAAACUAAAGCAUGCUAAAUCAAAGACAAACAUUGCCUACUUAAAGUGCUUAAUAAGGUAUUACCU